UUAGGAAUUCCGACUCGGACAAGUUUUCUGUACCUCAUUUACAGCUACAACUCAAAACUUAGGCAGAAGACUUCGGGGCUCUGAGACCAGCCGGGUGAGUGGUGCGCGCUACGCAAUUCGCCGAGUCCACUGGAGACUUUGCCCGGCCGGAGUCAGCUGAGGCCGAGUCACCGGAGUGGGAUGGGGGAGGAGACGCGGGAGCAUUUCGAAGGCAGCGUGCCAAGAAGGCGAGACUCCGCGCCACCUCACGCUCCCCGGGCCGCCCAUCCCGGCCGCCGCCCCUCGCCCGCCGCCCGGGGCGGGCUUCGAACCCGCGGAGCCCGGCGCGGGUGGCGGUGCCGCAGCGGAGCAGCGGGGCCCCGGGGCCGGCGGGCGCGGCCGGGCCCGGCAGCCGGCGAGGGGCGUGCCGGGUGGGAGGGGCGCGCCGGCCGCUCUGCCGGCCCCACGCGGGGACCCCGGCCCGCCGCCCGCCGGCUCGCGCGGGGACGCGCCGGCCAGGCCCGAGCGGGCGGGCCGGCGGGCGGGAGGGCCGGAGACGGAACAAAAGCGCCUUUGUUGAGCGGCGGCCGCCGGAGGGUCACACACAAUGGAGGAAGGAGCCGGCUCCGCCGCCGCCGGCGGGCCCGCCGCGGCGCCCUCCAGAGCCGCCCCGCCGGCGCGCCCCGCACACGUACACACACACACUCACGGGACUUCUCCGGCUCAUCGAGGGAGUGCGGGGCCCGCGGACAGCCCCCAGUGUCGGCUCAGGUCUCCGGCUGUGCUGGCGGCAGCGGCGUCUCCGAGGCUCUCGCUUUGCCGCAGUCGCCGCCAUGUAACCCCGACCCGCGAGAGAGGGCGAGGGAGAGGGGGCGGGGUAUCCAUGAGCCACGCCCCCUCGCGUCACAGGCUCACUCCACGGGUUCCCCCGCCCCCGCUCGGCCCCGAGCGCCUGCACGCGCCGGAAUUUCCAACGCUGGUGACUGGGUUCCGCGCGCUGCGGGGGCGGCGGGAGAGGCACGCGGUGUCAUCAGCCACCUCAGUGCAAUUGAUGGGACAAUGGAGCAUGCAUGUGAGUAAGAGAAGCAAUAUGCACGUCCACUGUCCCUUGCUGCCCCAUUCACAGAGAGCAUUCUCCAUGCCCCACAAGCACAGAAUACUCAUGGACCCACACUGUGCUGGAGUUCAGUGAAACAAAGCCAGAUUGUUCCAAGGAUUACCUGAGACUGUGUCUGUGAAAGCACUCUGAAAAUGCUAAACAACUGCAUAAAUAAGGGGUGUCAUUAACAUCAUCAUUCAGUAGCUCACCUGGUUAAAACAUGGUUUCCUGAAGUUUGGGGAAGCUGAGCAAAGACUCACGUCUCCACAUUCCAAGUUCCAUGAUGGCCUUGGAGAGGGAGGGAACCAAAGGAAGAGGAAAAUGGGAAACAGUAACUAUUAAAGAGUAACCUGACAUGAUACCUGUGGCAGAUAGCAAGAUGCAUUGACCAGAUGCCCUUCAAGGAAGGACUUGUUGCCCAGCCUUGGAGACUGUAGUCGGCACACAGCUGUCAACUUGCAUUUCCUUCAGGGUUUGCCUCAUCUGCAGAGAGCCAUCUUGCCCAAGGAGAUGCCCCUUUCCCAGGUGGCCCAAAUCCAAUGACUGAUAAUGGCAAGGAUAGAAAGGCCUGGCUAUUUUGGCCCUGUGCAAGACAACUUCAAUGGCCAUUUCCGCUCGAGAGCUCCCAGUGGGGUUAGCUGAGGCUAUCAGCCUGCAGCUCAGAUCAACUUCUACCUUUCCCCACUCCUGUUUGCUUCCCCUCCUAUCCACAGAUGUUGAUCCCAAGAGCUCUCCCUAAUAAUUAUCCUGAAGACUAAAGUCUGCCUCAGAGUGUGUUCCUAAAACACCCAAACUACUACUCAGCCAGGAGAGGUCUGAGAAAGCAGACAAUAAAAUGGAGUUUUGGAUCUGCAUCGCUCACCACUCACCUGGUAGGAAGACCUCGUCACUGGUGAUAGAUGGAGGUCAGACAGUGACUGGCACAAGGUGGCAGCCCAGUUAUUAAGAUUUUCACCAGCAAUGAAUUGGGGUGGUAUGCCAGUGAAAGAGAAUGUAUUAGCUUUUGUACUGUGUGGAGGAGAUAGUAACUACAAGGGGAUUGAAUGGUUAUUGUGUAGCUCUACUGAAGCUCUAGGUAAAGAAAUGAAAAAGCUGAGAAAGUGACUAGCAGACAGCUGAAAGCCAAGUGUGAGAACUAGAAGGUCUCUUUCAUAGCAAGUAAAGAGGCUUUCAUAACCUGCGUUGGAGAGAACCAGAGCGAGCUAAACCGUUAUGUAACCAAGAGCCAAAGGUUAAACUACCAAGUAAACUAGGUCGCCUAUGCUAGAGAUGCUGCUGUGGUUGAGAAGGAGUGAGACCCUGGCACAUGGAAUAGGGACAUCUAAGCUGAUGCCCCCCAAAAUCUUGAAUUCCCAGAUUUCUCUUGAUCCUCAGAGCCUGAGGAAGUGAGCUACCCUUCCCUAUUAAAAGCUGCACAUUCCCUUUUAUUGAGAAAAUAAUGCCAAGGCCUCUCUCUGCAAGACAACAUGUGACUCCUCAGUAUCUGCCCCCACCUCCCCUCCUGUCCACUAAAUCUAUAACUAGGGUCACGUGGCAGCAUAACCCAGCUGGGGACAUGCUAGGCCUGAGAAGCAAGCAAAGAAACUAGACCCCAAAGGAGCAAAAAGAUCUAACCAGCAUGGGCUGCAGGAGGUGGCGGGAAUCCACAUGGGACUAGAUUCUGAGGAUACUUGAUCAAAGGGGAUAGAGCAUGAGAUUAGAUAACAAUUUGUGUGUGCUCUCCCAAAGUCAAAGAUUUACACUCUGAUGUAAAUCUUACUUGCCAGUAAAAUGGCUUCUGUGAAGCAUGGUAAAAGUGAUGGCCCAUGCUGAGUGAGAUCAAAAUACCAUAAAUGUCUUGGCAGGUGGGAGAGGAAAGAAUUAAAAUGCUAAGAGAAAUUAAAAAAUAAUAAAACAUCUAGGAGUGAAUUUAACAAGACUUGUACACUGAAGUAAAAAGGGGGGGAUAAAUUUAAUAAGACCUAUACACUGGAGAGUACAAAACCUUGUUGAAAUAAAUUAAAGAAGACCUAAAUAAAUGGAAAGAUAUUCCAUGUUCUUUUAUUGGAAGACUUACUGUUGUUUCAAUGCUAAUAACCUCCAAAUUGAUUUAUAGAUUCAAUGCAAUCCCUAUCAAAAUUCUGCCUGGAUUUUUUUUUCUUUCUUUUUUUUUUUUUUAAAGUAACAGAUCUUAAAAUUCAUAUAGAAAUGCUAGGGACCCUGAAUAGCUAAAACAGUCUUUGAAAAGAUCAAAGUAGAGUACUCAACUCCUAAUUUCAAAACUUACUACAAAACUAUUGUAACCAAAACAGCAUGGUACUGGCAUAAUGAUAAACAUAGCAUAAGAGAAUAGAACUCAGAGUCCACAAACAAGCCUACAUGUUUAUGUGCAAUGGAUAUUCAGCAAGAGUUCCAAAACAAUUAUUGAGGAAAGAAUAGUUUUUUAAACAAAUGGUUCUAGAGCAACUAGACAUCCCUAUGCAAAAGAAUGAGGUGGGACCGUUAUCUCACACAGUGCACAAAAAUUAACUCAAAAUGAACUAUAGAUCUAAAUGUAUAAAGCUCUUAGAAAAAAAUUAAGUAAAUUUUUGUGACCUUGGAUUAGGCAACAGUUUCUUAGACAUGACAUCAAAAACAUAGCCAACCAAAGGUAAUUUGGUAAUUUGGGCUUCGUCAAAAUUGAAAGCUUUUGUGGUUCAAAGAAUACCAGCAGGAAAGUGAAAGGACAGCCCACAGAAUAGGAGAAAUUAUUUGCAAAUAAUAUAUCUGAUGAGACUCUAAUAUCUAGAUAUCUGUAUCUAUAUGUAUGUAUCUAUCUCUUUAUUCAAUAAUAAGAGAAAUAACCCAAUUUUAAAAUGAGCAAAGACUUUUAAGGGGGGCCUGGGUGGGCUCAGUCAGUUAAGCAUCCGACUUCAGCUCAGGUCAUGAUCUCAUGAUUUGUGGGUUGGAACCCCAUGUUGGGCUCUUUGCUGACAGCUGAGAGCCUGGAGCCUGCUUCAGAUUCUGUGUCUCCCUCUCUCUCUCUCUGCCCCUCCCCUGCUCACAUUCUGAGAUACCAUUUAGCACCAAUAGAAAGACUGUAAUAAAAAAAAAAAGGGAAAAUAACAAAUGUUGGUGAGGAUGUAGGGAAAUCGGAGCCCUCAUAUGUUGCUGGUAGAAAUGUAAAAUGAUGCAGCAAAUUGAGAAAACAGUGUGAUAGCUGCUGAAAUAGUUAAACAUAAGGUUACCAUUUGACCCAGGAAUUCCAUACCUAGGUAUAUACCGGAGAGAAUUGAAACAUAUGUCUGCACAAAAUUUGUAUCCAAAUAUCUAUAGCAGCAUUAUUUACAAUAGCCAAAAAGUGAAAACAACUCAAUCUCCAUCAACUGAUGAACAGAUAAAUAAAAUAUGCUAUAUCUGUACUAUGGAAUACUAGUCAGUUAUAAGAAGAAGUGGGACUCUGAUACAUGUUACAACAUGGAUAAACUUUGAAAACAUUAUGCUAAGUGGAAGAAGGCAGACAUAAAAGGCCACAUAUUGUAUGAUUCCAUUCAUAUGGCAUGUUCAGAAGAGGCAAAUCCACAGUGAUAAAGUAAAUUAGUGGUUGCCAGGAGCUGUUGGUAGGAGAGAAUAAGGAGUGAUUGCUGACUGGCACAGGGUUACGUUUUGGUGUGAAAAAAAUAUUCUAAAAUUGAUUGUUGUAAUGGCUGUACAGCCUUGUGAACAUACUAAAAACCACUUCAAAAUGGGGAAUUUUAUGUAUAGUUUGUGUUACCUCAAUUUUUUAAAAAGGGUUCAGGGAAGUAGGAGUGCUGGUGUGGCCACAUUAUGUAAGAUCAGAAAACCCACCAGAUGACUGUUCCACAGGAGGACCUGGAGAAUACAGUGUCUACCAAAGCAAAGAAGAAUGUGUUCAUAAACAGCACUAGAAUCACUGUGAAGUCUAGUGGUGGCUUGCUUUUGAAGGCUGGACUUAUGGUAGGGGAAGCUGUUACAAAACUGAUCUCCUCAUUAGCAAGGGAGAUCAUAUAACCCAGAAAUGAUUGAGCCAGGUGGCAUCACGCGACUGUCAGAAAUCAUGUGGAUGCAAUUAGGAUAAUGAGUGGCAAGAUCAAAGUGGCAACCAUGAGCACCUGACCUACAGAGAGUUAUGGAGAUAGUUAAUAAAACAUGGUGUCACUUGCUAGAAAAUAGAUGGGCAGCCAAUAAGGGUACUACUCCUUCUGUAUAAGCAAAAGAAAACAGAGGGUGAAGGGAAUGGAAUAUUUGGGAGCAAAGUUCUUAUAUACUGUUGAAAUUAAAUUCAUAUAAAGAUGUUAAUUGUAAUACCCCAAGGAACCACCAAGAAAACAACUCAAAAUAUACAUAUGUACUAAAUAGGAAACGAUGAGAGAAUUAAAAUGGUACAUUGGAAAACAUCUUUUUAGCACAAUAGAAGGCAAUAAUAUAUGAAGGAAUAAAAAAGACAUGGCAUAUAGAAAAGAACGCUAAGUGGCAGAUGGGCAGAUAUAAAUCCCUCAUGUAUAGAAGGACUCAGCCAGUUGAUUUUGCCUCUGUUACUGACCACACUAUUGCUGGCACAAUGGAUACGUGAAUGAAGUAGCCAUGGUGGCAGAGACUGAGGCUAUUCUUGGCCCGAUAGCAUGGGUUCCCACUUCUCAGGGCUCAUCUAGCUAUUGCCACUGCUAAAUGUCCAACUUGACAACAAGAGAUCAAUGCUGACUUCCUGAUAGAGCACCAAUCUUCAAGGAGACCAACUAAGCAAUUGGUGGCAAGUUGACUACUUUGGGACCUUUCCACCUUGAAAGGGCCAGUAGUUCAUCCUGCUAGGAUGAAGACAUAUUCUGGGUAAGGGUUUAAAUGUCUUAUCUUCAGGCUUCGCCCUGGGCUUACACAAUGUUUGAUGCACCAGCAGAGGACCUCCCAUAACAUUGUAUCAGAUCUAGGAACCCAACCUACAGCACAAAAGGUGUGAGAGUGAACUCAUGACAAUGUUAUCUACUGGUUGUUAUCACUUAUUUUAGCACUCCAAAGCUUCCAGCCUUGUAGAGCAUCGGAAAGCCUUGCUGAAGGCACAGCUGAAGUAUUAGCUUGGUUGAAAUGCUAUGAGUGCCAUCUUCCAGGAUACAUUAAACCUAUUGAAUAAAAGAUCUUUAUGUGGUGCUGUAACCCCAGCAGGAAAAAUACAUGGGUCUAUGAGACAAAAUAUGGAAUUAGGAGUGGUCUUGCUUAUCAUCACUCCCAAUGGCCCCGUGGGGAAUUUAUGCUUCCUGUUCCUGCUAGUCUGUAUUCUGCAGGUUCAGAGGACCUGGUUCCUAAAAGGAGAAUAUUUCUACCAAAUGGUACAGCAAGAGUCACUUUGAUUUACUAGCUAAAACUGCUGCCUGGGUACUUUGGGUUCCUACUAUUCAGGAAUAAUUGGGCUGUAAGUAGAGGAACAAUCUUGGCAGGGGUAUUAACCCUGACCAUCAGAAGGAGUUAGGUAAGGUUGCUGUUAUACAGUAAGGGUAGGAAAAAUUAUUUUAGCAUUGAGACCAUGUAUCUGAAUGCUUCCUGUUAGUCCCUUGCACAGUUACAAUGGUAAAUGAAUAAUGCAGCAAGGACAUGGCAGUUAGGAACUCAGACCUCUCUGGGAUGAGAAUCUAGAUCAUGCCCCCAGGUAAGCCACUAAGACUAAGAGAAGUGCUAGCUGAGAGUGAGAGGGAUUUAGAAAGGAUGGUCAAGGAGGGAGGCUGUAAGUUUCAAUGAGAGCCCUGAGACCAGCUACAGCAGGGCUAUAGCUUGUCCUACAAACCUUCCUCUUCUAAGUCUCCCCAAGAGGAGAGGCUCAUCAGAAACCUGGAGAAGCUACUCUUCAACAAAAAUGAGGUGGAUCCAAGAGCAGCACAGGGAAUGAACAUGGAGAUGAGCCCCUGAGAUUUCUCUUUGCAAGACUUCUUGUCCCGGCUCCCUGGAGGACUGUCAGCAGGCAGCCUUCAGUUCCCAGCUCCUGCUGCUGCAGACAGUUGCUUUAUCAAAGCUCAGGCCCUUUGGGGCUAGGCCAUAGCCAAUUCUUGAUCCAGGUCUGGGUUUAAAGCCCAGCCCUUUCAGCCUGGUUUGGGACAGUAAUGAAGGGUCAUUUCAGCUCCAGAGCUCCUCAUGGGGUUAAUUAAGGCUGCUGGGCCUUCCUUAUAUGCAGCUUGCUUUUUCCUUCUGUCUAAGCCUGUUUCUAAGCCUGACACCCUUCCACAGGUAUCAAUACCAAAGGCACUCCCUAAUAAACAUCCUGGACACUAAA